AUGCUGGCGCAGACAGCGAAGCGCUGGAUGGCCCGUGACCGACACGAGGUGGAAACUCAUUUCCGACGGGCCGCAGCGACCCUGCUUGGGCCGACCGUCAUGCAGUCCAACCCGCGGCAGCACGACAUGGUAUCUUGGGCGCUCGUUCGGUGGCUCUUCGUCGCCCCUGACGACGACGCGCACGAUGGCGACGAUGUGAAGGACAAGAAAGAGGCCCUGUGCGUGCUGGGACCCGGGCUGCUGCUCGACACGGGCAUCCGUAGCGCACGGCACUGCCCGCUGCCCGAGCUGUGCGGCGACCCCAACCCGCCGCCGGUGGUGGCCCAGUUCACAGUUGAGUUUGUGGCUGCCCAGCGCCAGCGCCAGCGCGAGCACCGGGCGAGGCAGCUCCGGCAGUGCGAGGAGCGCGUCGUGGCCGUGGCGCGUCGCCUGUGGGCGCGGGUGGUUACCGCCGCACACGAGCAGCCGCACGAAGGCAGUAACGCAGUAACGGUCCUCUUGAGAGGCAUCUCGCUGAUGUUCCGGCUGCUCCGAAACGCAGGCGCCGCUAGUGACGCUUCCAUCUUGGCCGGAGGCACUCUUGACGAAGGUGGCCUUGACGCGUUCGACGACCAGUUCAACUCGUGCUUGCUCAACCACCCCAACACCACGGUGGUAGCUGCGGCCUUGAACUUCCUAGUCACCUCGGCUCCAUUCUUUCACCUGCUCCCGCUGGGUCCGGCUCCAGAAGACGUCAGCCGCUCAAGGACCUACCAGCAGCUCCGCCUCAUGUUCCACGGCGCAGCGGACUCUGGCGUUCGCUGCGCCGUGCUCCAAACUUUGGUGCAGCUCCAGUGUCCAGGCCUUUUCCAGGACCUGUUGGAGAGGUUCUCCCAAGAGUCCGACGCUGAUGUACUCGCCCAGCUCUAUAGAAAAAGCCAAGUCGUGGUGGAGCAGGAGUCUUCCUGCUCGAUCGACUCUCUAGUGGAUGCGGCCCAGCGUGGCCUAAAUCACUGCCACGAGGGAGUGGUGACCGAGGCGAUAUCGAUGGCCAUGUUCAUCACGGCCCACUACCAAAGGCAGGGCCGUAGCGAGGACGCAGAUAAACUCUGUUGCAUGGUUGCGAGGGCGGUGAGCCGGCUGUUUAUGAGCAGCGAGCCAGGGGUCAAGAGUCUGCUGCGCCUCACUGCCGAUCACAUCGCAGCAUACGAGAACCACCGCAGCGGCGCCCUGCUGGAGCGCCUCCCAAAAGAGCUGCAGGAUCUCAUAAGCGACUGCGCCUCACAGCAACUCCAGGAGAAGAGCACAUCUAAUUCGGCGCUCUUUGCGCUGGAAGAUGCAGUGGGCGCCGGCACGGCGCACAGCAUGACCACACGGCUGCCUGCACACGAGCCACUGUGGCGUGCUCUGAGGAAGGUGGCGGCCUCGCAGCUGGUGCCCGAGUGCAGCUGGCAGCUCCGCGAGAGCGGUCUUGCGUUGCUGGGGAUCAUGGUGCGGGUCGGGACGAACAACGAGAUGCAAGCCUUCGUGGAGGAACACUGGGCAUUCCUCGUUGCAACGCUUAACGACCCUGUGGACCACGGCCGACUGUCGCGUCUUGUAGAGGAUGGCCUCCUCGUCCUGCUCUCCAGCGAACUGUGCCGCAACAGCCCCGCUCCAGCCCCAACAGCAGCAGACGAUGCAGCAACGACGACCACUGAGAUGAUGUUCGUCCAAGCGCGCGGCCUCCUCGUCCUGCUCUCCAGCGAACUGUGCCGCAACAGCCCCGCUCCAGCCCCAACAGCAGCAGACGAUGCAGCAACGACGACCACUGAGAUGAUGUUCGUCCAAGCGCGCGGCCUCCUCCACCAGCUCGCCGCGAAUGAAACACUGUUCACGCAGGCCGUGGUGCAACGCGCAUUCCUCGGCUGCCUUGCGUGCGCUCACAUUCCGCGGGACGUGGCGGAGUGCGUGCUCGAGUGGGUCAAGCGGGACAAGGCCCCGAGGGCGAGGUUGGCGUGCGCAGCCCUGGUGACCACGUUUGAUGAGCACCUCCGAAGCCACAACAUGGGCGCCAUUUGUGAUGGUCUGGCUUUCCUGGUCGCGCUCUGGCCAGACCUGGAUGAGGACAGACGGUCCAGUGUGGUGCAAUGCACUAUUCGCGUCCUGGCCGAUCUCGGAUUCCCUGACGAAAAGGUGUUUGCUUUCUAG